UUUUCUUUGAGUCUCUACUCUAGAAAGAUCUAACGAUGUCUGGAAGAGGUAAAACCGGAGGCAAAGCCAGAGCAAAGGCCAAGACCCGCUCCUCCCGCGCCGGGCUGCAGUUCCCCGUCGGUCGUGUCCACAGACUGCUGCGUAAAGGAAACUACGCCCAGCGCGUCGGUGCCGGAGCCCCCGUGUACCUGGCGGCGGUGCUGGAGUACCUGACCGCUGAGAUCCUGGAGCUGGCCGGAAACGCCGCCCGCGACAACAAGAAGACCAGGAUCAUCCCCCGUCACCUGCAGCUGGCCGUCCGCAACGACGAGGAGCUCAACAAGCUGCUGGGCGGAGUCACCAUCGCUCAGGGCGGCGUGCUGCCCAACAUCCAGGCGGUCCUGCUGCCCAAGAAGACCGAGAAGCCCGCCAAGAAGUAAACAACAACAACCACAAACACAACGGCUCUUUUAAGAGCCACACAUCUCAAACUGAAGGCACUUCCUGCUCUGACUUUCAUGAUUAAACAACCUGUUCUUCAAGUCCUAAAGCUCCAUAUUUUAGAUCCAACAACCUUCUUGUUUUCUUCAAAGUGACCUUAUAUUAGAGCUACUUGCAGAACACAAAGGAGUAAAAUCAUUGGAGACUAAAAACCAGCUUCAACUGACUCCUUUAACUCUCCAGAGAAGUUUCUGUGAGAUCAUGAAAGAUUAAAUGCAAUAAAGGGACAAAGGUUGGUGUGAAAAUUGAUGAUGAAAGGGUUAAUAACAAAGAUGAAGAAUAAUGUUGCCUGAUUAAGUUUAAAAACGGUUAAGAGAAACUCACUUUUACUGUUUUGGUGUUUCC